UGAUUUUGUGUCCGGUGCGGGAUAAGGGGUUCUUGCACCUUUAUUCUGAAGAGUACGGGCCGGAAAUCUCGUUGAUUUCCGAGGAAAUGAAAAUGAAUAUUACAGCCGGUGUCUCUGAGACUUGACACGAAUAUUUCAUCAAGGGAAAUACACAGAACAUGGAUCUUCUUGAAAGUCUUGAAAUCUACAUUCCAGUGGAGGCUGAAGUGAAAAACAUUGAUAUAAGGAGUUUACCAAACUCAGUGGUCCGACGAAUGGGCCUCUCCCUGGCUGACAGCGAGGGCCCCAGGAAGCUUGCGGAAUCUCCAGAGGGCAUAUGGAUUUGCCCAGCAGUCCUACGGAGGAAAGGCCAGAAAACAUCCUCCACUGCAGAAAACAACUUGAUGGAAAACAUAUCUUCGCUGAUGGGCAAAGUGUUUCAGGCUACACCUGGUCCCUUCCGAAUGUCUAUUGUCUCGUCCAAUCGUGCAGCUUUCAAGGUGCUGAAGGACACCACGCCUGGGAAAAAGAUCCCAGAGGACAUAUCUCAGAUAUCCAUGUUGCCUCCAACCUCUGCACUGCAGACCUACCGAGUUGCUGUCGUCAUCUACCACGGACGCAUUUAUUUGUCCAUCAGGAAGUCCAGUCGAAAAAAGAGUAAACAAGGGGUACAUGAACCACAGCAAGCUUCGCACUCUGCCAUUCCUUCAACAUCAAACAUGUCAUCUCAAAGUCAGAAGCGCCAGUCCCCCCAGGCUUCAGCUGAACCUGCAGACAGAGAAAUACAGAAGAAGAGAUUACGUAUCAUUUUGCCCCAAAUUGCCACAAAACAGCCAAAGGAUGUUCACACAAAGACAGAUCAGAAGCUGCUAAAUAACAACAGUUCCAAGAAGAAACUCAACUCAUGUAAGGUAACACAGAGUGAAAACAGAAAGGGUGUUCUGCACAAAGGAAGGGAUGUAUCAUCAUGCAAGACUGCGCGUGCUGUUCCUCAGUCCACUGACAGUGUGCACAACGUACACAGCCAUUGUAAGGAUGCUAGAGGAAAGCAGGCUGCAGAGGAAGCAGCAGACUCCGAGCCAGCUUGGUUUCAGCCUCAGGGGGAGCAGGAGCAGGUUGCCAUAAGUGACAGUGAGAUACAGGACCUAGGAUCUGAGAGCGCCAAUCAGAACGACAUGGGCAGAGGUAAAUCUGACAACAGUGUUGGUAUUGUGGAGCAAAGUAGCAACCAGAGUCGGACCAGGAGAGAGUCUGAGGGUGUAGCUCACGCUCCAGCAUCGAUACAGCAGGAGUGUGACUUCACGGAGCUGGAACAAGAGGAGAUGAUCGCUCAAUUGAAGGCCAAACUCAGACAGGAAGAGGUUGCUCUCGGCAUGCGUCAUAAUGACAGCUGAGUCACAGUGAGCAACAGUAAGGUUGAUUUAGGUUUGUUAGAAAGCAUUUAAAAAUGGGUUAGCAUCCUCAAACUGCUGAGUUAACCCAGUAGAGAAAUCGCAAUCAGGAACAUUUUUAAGGGGGGGUUUGGUAUGCUAAAUGAAAUGCUUUGACUUUUCACCCUGCAUUUUAGCACAGCCUGAACGAUGCGCUGUGUGAAGUGUAUGAUUUCAAUCAGGCUGAACCCCUUUACAAUCAUGUAAGGAAUGUGAAUAGCUCAUGUACUCAUGACCCAUGCCACAACCAGAAUAUGAUCAAAACUUAAGGCUUAAAGUCCUAAAGCCAGACCAUUGACAUAUAUUAAGAUUAAUGGCAUGUCUUUACUCAGAAAUGAAGCUAAAACAUACCAGAUACGAGUGCUGCCAUCUUACUCCUUUUGGAGCCUGCGAAUGUGCAGUAGCCUGAGCCAAGCACGAGCUGCUCUGGGCUGUCAAUCAUCACAUUUCAUUUACUGUUUUUUUGGGGUUUUUUUUACAACUUAUCAGAAAAACUUGAACACACAUCAGUGUGAUAAGAGUUAUUUAAAAUGACAGAAACCGUCUUUGUGAAAAAUGUAUUUGACGCGUUUGUUUUUAAAUUGGCCCAUGUUCCAUCUGCUUUUGAGAGGGAGGUGUUUAUGACCUAGACUGGUGCUUGAUGGUUUCACUUUUGGGGAGCUCUUAUGUUGUCCAUCUUCAAAUACAGUCAAUGCUUCAGACAACGAGUGCACUUUUUUGUGACACCUGACUCUUCUCCCUGGGCUGCCAACAGACCAAAGUUUCCAUGUGGCCUUGCAGUCUGAUCCUGUUCAGACGUGGUUUUAACACGUGUCUUGAGUGAUCCGAUCUCAAGUGGAGAGCUGUGAAUACUUGUGUGAAUGUGUCCAAAAUGCAGUCUUAUUAUUUUAUAGAUGAACAUUUCCAGAUUUUUAAAUUUUUUUUCUUCCCAUUUCAAAUGUCAUAAUCUUCAGUUCAAUGCUGAUGAAAGGGACAUUCUAUUGAAGACAUUUAUCAGAAUUCACACAGCGCCCUCGGGAGACACUGGAGUCUUUGAAUGCUUUAUUCUGGUGGUUUUGAAGCUGAAGAGAGCAAACCAUUAUGUUAGGAUCAUCACUAUUAUCUGACUUAGUAGAGAGAUGGUUAUGAAAGUAGGAACCUUAUAUGUACAAUAGAGUAAUGUGUGUGCUCUGCUCUGUUUUUUUUUGUUUGUUUUUGUUUUUUUAGGGUGGAGGGGGGGCUUUCUCAGUUCUCACUAUUGUUUGACUGUUGUAUUGGUGACUUUCACGUCCUGUGUUCUCACAUUGUGUAAAAAGAAUGGACUUGUGCCUCUGAUCAAUUGUAAUCUUUCAUGUUUAACAUUCACUUUUUCAACUGAAAUUUCAUUUGAUAUGUUUCUGUUAUUGCAAAUAUCCAAGAAUUAUAGAGGAGAUGGUUUAAAAAGGAAAAAUAUGUAUUAAAUUUUAUUAUAACUCCGUU